AUGGCUGAAUUAAACAUCGGGAAACAUUGUCAGGUUGAAUCCUGCAAUCUUAAAGAUUUUCUUCCGUUUGUUUGUGAUUCUUGUUGUGGUUUUUACUGUCUUGAGCACAGAAGCAGAGAUGCCCAUUCGUGUUCACAGGAAGAACCAAUAAAAAAAGAAUCCCAGACUCCAAGUGGCAGCAGGAGCUAUCCAUGCACAUUUGAAAACUGCAAGGAAAAAGAACUAGUACAAGUUAUAUGUCAACACUGUGAAAAACACUUCUGUUUAGCCCAUCGUCAUCAAAAUGAUCACAAAUGUGAAAGGUUGGAGAUCCCAAAGCCUCGAAUGGCAGCCACCAAAGAGUUGGUGCAAAAGAUAGUAGAAUCAAAGGAUGGCUCUAAAACAAAAGGACGCAGAGGAGCAAAGAAUGCUGCUACUGCAGCAAAGGUAGCACUGAUGAAACUGAAGCUGCACGCUGCAGGAGACAAAGGACUGCCUCAGACCGAAAGAACCUAUUUUCAGAUGUAUCUUCCUAAAGAAUCCGGUAACUGCAGCAAGCCGAUGUUCUUCAGUUCCAAAUGGAGUGUGGGGAAAGUGGUGGAUUAUGCAGCAUCUCUGGCCAGCCUCAAGAACAACAAUAAUGUACUGACAGCAAAGAAGCUGCGACUCUGCCAUCCUCAGACAGGCAAGGCUUUCCAGAUGGAUGACACCCUGGUGGCGUUGUUAGCUCAACCAGAAUCUCCUCUCCAUAAUGGGGGUAAUGUGAUCUUAGAAUACCUGGACAACGAGUGCACAGGUCUAGAGGAUGUUUCUGAAUACAUUACUGAAACUUGACCAGUCUACAGCACCUACUGUGUGCAUGAGUUUUGUCUGCGUAGUUUGUAUUUAUGACAAUAAAACUUUCUUUUAAAA